AUUGAAAUGGCAAAGUACUUGGUACUAAUGAGUCUACUGGCCAUGACCAUGCUGGCUGUGGCCUUUGAGCCAAGUCCUCUGCAAGAUUUCUGCGUCGCUGAUGCUUCUAGCUCAACAAGAGUGAAUGGUCAUGUAUGCUUGGACUCCAAGAUGGUUGAGGCCAAGCAUUUCUCCCUUAGUGGAUUUCACAUUGCUGGUAAUACAUCAAAUCCCCUCGGCUCCACGAUUACUCCAGCAACUGUGGCACAAAUUCCUGGACUCAACACUCUUGGCAUCUCAAUAGUUCGAUUUGACUACGCACCAUGGGGUUUAGUCCCUCCUCACACGCACCCUCGUGCCACCGAGAUCAUAACAGUCCUUGAAGGAAGUGUCUUGGUUGGCUUUGUAACUUCAAAUCCCGACAACAGGCUCAUCACAAAGACCCUCGAGAAGGGUGAUGUGUUCGUCUUCCCCAUAGGACUUGUUCACUUCCAGCAAAGCGUAGGAAAUUAUAAUGCUGUUUCACUCUCUUCCUUGAGCAGCCAAAACCCAGGUGUAGUCAUGGUUGCUAAUGCUCUUUUCGGAUCAGAACCAUCAAUAGAUGGUGAUGUCCUGGCCAAGGCUUUCCAGGUUGACAAGAAUGUGAUCAGUAAUCUUCAAGAAAAAUUUUAG